GAGGGUGUGAGGCUGUAGCUCCUGACCAAACCAAGACUGUCUCUUUACUGGGAGUUUUCCUGUUGGAGCGUCCAUCGGAAAAGCACCGUGCUCAACCAGAGCUGAACAGAAAGUUGAUGAGCAUCCAUGGAGAUGUGGAGGUAUUUCUUUAACUGAGCUGGAGGUUCACAUCCACGGGUCAGAACACGUGACGUCAUCAUGGCUGCUGGCUGAUGUCUGAAGCCUAUUCCCACGCAGAUACAGUGCCGACCAGAGGCAGUCCGAUCUGAUGGCUCUGCUUAUUGUUGGAUUCCACCAAGACUGAUCUAUCUAAGUCAAAUCUUUUCCAUUAAAUACUGUGUUAGUUAGUUUAACGUGAUCAUACAUGUGUAUAUCCGUCCUUCGACAGGAGAUCAACAGUGGCACUGUUCACCUCCCUCUGACUGUGUCCUACGAGGGAAUCUCUCUCAGGGGAUUCAGGUUUUGGGUUCAUCUGCAGGAUGUGGUUUAUUCCCUAAGACAGUUUGGCUUCACUGAGGAAAACAUUGAUGAAAUUAAAGAAACUCUGAUGGGAUCCAACCUCUACCUGUUAGUGCUGACUGCGCUCAUCACAGCUCUGCAACUCAUCUGUGAAUUCCUGGCUCUUAAAAAUGACAUCAGCUCUUGGAGAAAAAAGAAGAACAUGGUGGGAAUGUCCAGAAAGUCAGUUCUGUGGCGUAGUCUCAGUACUUUGCUGAUUUUCCUCCAUCUGCUGGAGGAGACCAGUCUGCUGGUGCUGCUCCCUGUCGGACUGGGGGCCUGUGUGGAGGUGUGGAAGGUAUUUAAAGUGUUUAAGUUCCAGUUGCUGUGGAAAAGCUCCAACCUGCACUUAAAUAAACUGGAUGAAGAAGAGAGAAAGACACUGGAGUAUGACACACAGGCGUCCAGAUACUUGUCCUACUUGGUCUAUCCUUUGUGUAUCAGUGGAGCUAUUUUCUCUCUGGCCUACUUACGCCAAAAGAAUUAUUAUUCCUGGUUGAUCAACAGCCUUGUGACCGGUGUUUACGCCUUUGGCUUCCUGUCUAUGGCCCCUCAGCUCUUCAUUAACCACAAGUUGAAGUCUGUGAGUCACCUGCAGGGGACGGUGUUGAUGUACAGAGGAGUGAACACGCUGAUCUCAGAUCUGUGCUCCUGCGCCUCCUUUUUCUCCUCCUCCGGAUCCUUCUCCUCCUCUCAUCAACUCUCCUGCUUCAGAGAUGAGCUGCUGUUCCUCCUCUACCUCUACCAGCGAAGGCUUUACGCCGCCAAGGCCAGAAGACGAGACUCCGGGAGCCACAGCAAGAAAGUAAAAACUCAGUGAGGAGGCGAGAAAAGAAAUAUUUCCUGAAGUGAAUGUGGUGAAACUCAUCUAUGAAAAACAAAAAAAGGGAAGAUGUGAAACAGAGACUAACCUUCGUCAGAUCCGAGGCGUGGUGGUUCUGCCUCUGGAUCCUUAACCGCUGUACACUCACAGUGCUGCUGCUUUCUGCUUGACAUUCAUGAUUCCUCUGUUACUGAUGCGGGGAUCGACAGUGAUUCAUUCAUCUAUAGGUUCUCUCUGCUGCACAUGCGAUGCUUUAUUCUGCUCUAUAUGCACAUGUGGGUGUUUCCUGACACGUUGUGAAGGACGGAGCUUCCCACAGCACAGAUAGUUUGAUUCAUCAGUUCCCAUCUGCUUUAACUAGACUCGAUUAGAUUAGACUGAGUCCCGCUCUUUUGCAUCACUGAUUUUUAUAUGGCUGUCUCAAAAGCUUGAAUCAUGAUUUUCUCCUUAACUUUAAGAGGCUCCAAAG